CCUUGUAUGUACAUGAUGGAAAGCAUCAAUAAUGGUCGUUUGCUGAUGUAAAAAGAUGAUCGUCCGUUGAUGUUGUAGGUUUUUGUGUUAUAUCAGUUAGGGUUCAGGUAGAGUGGUACGUCACGUCCAUAGCGAACCUAAGGGGACUUGACCUACACCAUACUAGUAACCAACUCCAGCACAAGUGGCUGAAUAUAACAACAGCUUUCGUUACUUUUAGAUUACUUGGUGUCCUUACGAUAAACCUACAUCCUUCAUCUGAAAUGUCUUGAACCUACAAGUCACAAUGAAAUACUUCUACAUGAUCCUUCUUUGUGUUGGGUAUCAGCUAGUUGGCUCAGAUAAUGAAAGGUGUGCCAUUAUUCAGUUACCUUUGGAGUUGUACCAACAAUUUUAUGCUAUAGAAUAUUAUGCGACACCGCUCGCCACAUCCCUUCCAUCGCCGCCACACUUACGGCAGGGAGCGUGUGGCGUCUCUAGCAACGACCAAUCAAAACAGAUUGUCAAUGGCAACGACGCUCCCCUGUUAGCCUGGCCGUGGCAAGUUCUCGUCGUCACAGCCUCGGCUACCAUCUGUGGUGGGUCUAUUUUAACGCCUGAAUGGGUCCUCACAGCCGCGCAUUGUUUGACUGAAGCCCGAAUUGCAGUAGGGUACGGACACACGUCUUUAUACAAUCUCAGCCAUGUGAAGGUCAAGCAGGCAUUCCCGCACGAAGAGUACGACGAGUUCUCGGCAUUGAACGACAUCGCACUUUUAAAACUCGCGGAACCGAUAGAGUUUUCCGAUGAGGUGAGGCCGGUUUGUUUACCGGAAGGAAAUAUUUGGGACGCCUCGCCUUGUUUCGCCAUGGGCUGGGGACGCACGUCCCGGGGUGAGGACGGGGAGUCAGUAUUCAACUUACGACAGAUUAAGGUGAACAUCAUGAACCAAACGCUGUGUUACACCCUGCGGAAAUUCAUAAAUUCCAUUUUUACUGACGGGAAUUUCUGCAUCGACGCGGAGGGGUCUACAGGGGUGUAUAAAGGGGACUCUGGUGGUUCGUUGAGCUGUUUGAAGAACGGGAAAUAUUAUGUGCUGGGGGUGACGCACAUGGCGGCAAGUGAAGGUCACGAGUACUUUGCUGAUUCAUUUACAGCAGUCUCCAAGUACGUGCAAUGGAUUGCUGAGACUAUCAAAGCAAAUUCAGGGUGAAAGUUCAUGGACAGUGUUACAUUCAGAUGAUGUCUUGGAUAGUUACAUUCAGUCAGCUGUCUUCUGAGAUAUUUACAUUCAGAUGAUGUAUUUGAUAGUUACAUUCAGAUGAUGUCUUGAAUAGUAACAUUCAAAUGAUGUUUUUGAUAGUUACAUUCAGAUGAUGUCUUGAAUAGUAACAUUCAAAUGAUGUUUUUGAUAGUUACAUUCAGAUGAUGUCUUUGAUAGUUACAUUUAUCUCAUGGCUUGGAUAGUUACAUUCAGAUGAUGUUUUUGAUAGUUACAUUCAGAUGAUGUCUUUGAUAGUUACAUUCAGAUGGUGUCUUGGAUAGUUACCUUCAGAUGAUGUCUUGGAUAGUUACAUUCAUCUCAUGGCUUGGAUAGUUACAUUCAGCUGUUGGCUGGGAUAGUUACAUUCAGAUGAUGAUUUUGAUAGUUACAUUCAGCUAAUGUUUUUGUUAGUUACAUUCAGAUGAUGUCUUGGAUAGUUACAUUCAGAUGUUUUGGAUAGUUACAUUCAGCUGUUGGCUGGGAUAGUUACAUUCAGCUUAUGGUUGACUACACCUAUGAUGGUAACCGUUUUGGACUUUGUACAAAGACGGCUUUUUAACUGGAAUAUUUUCCUCUUUACACUAUACAAUUCAAUAAUAAUUAAAAACAAAUUUGAUGAGAUUAUUUAAUAAAAUUUUACAACAUAAAAGUAGGGUUAAGUGACGGCUGAGGUAAGUUGUAUGGUGUAUUACUGUAUGCGGUAAGUAAAUUUCAAAAGAUUUUUUUUUAAAAUAUGUCCUAUGUUUGUUUUUUGCUAUACUUUGAUCAAAACUUUAUUUUGGAUUCCAAUUUUGUACUUUAAUAAAGCUAAAUACUAAGAAAGCAGUUGAUAAAGUAUUAUGUUUCUAAAAUCUAU